GAUUACAUCGUCACCUAAGUCGUCGCAUUACAAAAGUGUCAUGGCGGAGUUAGACGAAAACACUCGCGAUAAGGAUAAAUCGCUGGUAGAAACGAGCAGGACAGCAAACGGCGAAAUAAUGAAAACGCAGAUUCACAAGUCCCGUUCUCAGGGUAAACAAGACACGACUACCGCUGUCAGCACGACUGAAUACUGUGAGAAAUUACAGGAAUGGAUGUGGCAGUAUUACUACAGCUAUAUGAACUGGCAAAGCUGGAUAGCCAUGUCUUCGUUUUCCUUCCCACCGUGUUUUCCGACACAAGGAUCAAAUGAAACCCCUGGAACAACGACAUGGGCUGCAGAUAUGCCCAAUGGAGACCUUCGCAACUGGUUAAGCAAUCCGUUUGGCUUUCCUGUACCAUCCUUUCCUGCUGCAGCUGCGGGUAACGGAGCAGGUCAGGCUGGGCACGCGAGCAGCUAUCGAGCAACAGCUCCUGCGCCGUUGCCACAACAACGACAACCAAACGGGAAUGCUCAACAGCCAGGUAGAGAAUAUUCUAUACCAUCACCUCUUCAAAGGUUCUUGGCGGAAAUGGUGGAUUUCUUUAUUCUCUUCUUUAUUAAAGCAACUAUAAUCCUCAGUAUUGUCCACUUGAGUGGAAUGAAAGAUAUCUCAAAGUUUGCCAUGCACUUCAUUGUAGAGGAAAUAGAUGAGGACACAUCAAUGGAGGAACUACAGAAGAUGAUGCUCGUGGCUUUGGUGUACAGGAUAUUAGUUUGCUUUUAUGAGAUCAUAUGUAUAUGGGGAGCUGGUGGGGCCACACCAGGGAAGUUCAUAGUUGGCUUACGAGUGGUGACAUGCGACAGCUCUGUCCUGGUACAACCAAACCGAGUUCUUGUGGUACCGGCAACAAACGUCACACUUUCUGCGUCAACCGUCAGAGCUUUAAACAAGAACUUCUCCAUCGCAUUCUUCUUUCCAGCAUUCAUCACGCUUCUUUUCUUUCAACACAACAGGACUGUAUAUGACAUAGUGGCCGGCACUAUUGUGGUCAAAAGAAACCGGCUUAGAUGACUUUGUUAUCAACCUAACAUUGUAAUGCAAGCAUCUAGAAAAAGAAGAGAGAACCAGCUCAAGUGACAUGUACUGAACUGAACAAAUGCUCUUAGCUUUUGGGAUAGCUGUCACUUUAAACAGCUGAACGUGGUACAUCCAGUACUUCUCACUUCACUUCUUCUGGACACACUCUUUUAAGCAUGAAUUGCUUUCUAAGAAGUAUUUUUAAUGAUCUCUGUUUAAACAUCUUUGAAUAUUCUCUGCGUGCCAAAGUAAGUUAAUUUAUAAAUGAGCUGCUUCACAACACUUGAACUUUCUCUGGUACAUCACACCUCCAUCAACCCCACCUCCUUGUGUGGAUGGUUUACUGAAACUAUUACUUGGGACAUUAUGUGUGUAACUUCUUGAAUUCGAGAAGAUGUUCUUUGUGAAGAACAUGUUUAUCCACAUGCAGUUUUAGGCCUGGUCUACUGCAUUUGUAUUUCAAAUUAAUGUUUUGUACUUAAUUAUUAAUCUGUUUCAUGGCCUUUAGAAGCUAGAAGUGCAUUUUUAGUGCUGUAAUUUUCACUGCAUGCCUUCUUCAGCUCUCUUUACACAGAGAUGCAGAGAUGUUCAGGUCUAAAGUUGCCUCAUUCAUUUUAGAGGUCUUCUGGUAUAUCCUUUCAUUGGAUUGUUUAGAAAUGGCCAAACUGGAAGAACUAAAAUUUUUACUAGACAAGGUAGGUCAGUUUAUUUAUAUUUGAGUUCUUCUUACAUUGUUUUGAAGCAGCUGUACAAACUAAAGUUGCAGGACUGGAGUCUAAAUUUAAUGAGAUUCUAAUGUGCAGUUAAAAUUUAAGUAACCUUCAGAAAGCCUUCUAUGUUGUUUCUGUUAUUAAUUAUUUAUACGGUUACAAGUUAAUGAGUAACGCUAUAUUUACUAAUAUAUCUGUAUAAAGAUGGACAAAAUAAUUAAAGCACAUAAGGAGAUUCAGCUUUCAUUUCCAAGUAACAUUGUAUGUGAGCUAUCAUAUUUAACAAUUUUAUGAAAGGCGGUGUAUAAAUAUCAUCAAAUCUGCAAAAGUAUUUAAAUGGACAUGCUGAACAAUCUCACAAAUAAUUGUUAUGCAUUUGGUAAAUCUAUGUUAGCAAGCUGGAGCAUUAAACACUUUACCACA